AUGGCACCCCAUUCCUCACAAUCCUCGGCACCAUCGCCGUCCCUGAAGCGCAAGCAAGCAACCAUCUCCAGCUUCUUUGGCGGAAAGUCCUCUCCACGAACACCCUCCGAAACGACCAGCAAGACCCGAGAAAAACGGCCUAAGAAGAGACAAGCUUCUCCGGAAGAGGAGAAGCCAGCAAGUACGAACUCCACUCGCGAAGAAGACGACAACGAGGAGGAUGACGACAUUGUGGUUCGGCCCUCUAAGCGUGCUAGAGUCACCUCCGCCUCCGCUUCCAACUUGAAUGGCCCGACCAAAGACCCCGAAGAAAAAGAGGAAGAAGCAAUCUCCGUUUCGAAAAAUAUCAUUCAACCCCUCCCACCCACCUCCCAGGCCGCCGAGCAAUGCAGCCAACGAACCGAGAUCUUCAAAUUCCUAAGCUCACCAGCAAUCGCACCUCCAAAAGACGAAGACCCCGAAGACGUCCAACGAAGGAAAGAAAAAGAGAAACUACACCAGAAAUUCGUCCGGAAAUUAGGAGGAGCAGACUGCUUGAUUGGAAUUGGGCGAACGGCCGCCCCCACCAAUACCGGCGAUGGACCCGGCGCAGGGGAAGGAGGUGAAGAAGGCGAGGAAGAAGACGAACCGGCUCCUCCACCACCGACAAAAGGCAAAGCGGGCAAGAAAGGCGGGAGCAAACUUACACCGAUGGAGAAACAAGUUAUCGAGAUCAAGCGCAAACACCUGGAUACGGUGCUUGUUAUUGAGGUUGGGUAUAAGUUUCGCUUUUUUGGAGACGAUGCGCGCGUUGCGGCGAAGGAACUUAGUAUCGUUUGUAUACCGGGGAAAUUUCGGUUCGAUGAGCAUCCGUCCGAAGCACACCUCGACCGCUUUGCCUCGGCGAGUAUUCCCGUGCACAGGUUACAUGUCCAUGUCAAGCGGCUCAUUACGGCAGGCCACAAGGUCGGCGUCGUGAGGCAGAUCGAGACGGCCGCGCUCAAGGCUGCAGGCGAUAAUCGCAAUGCACCAUUCGUGCGCAAGUUGACCAAUCUUUACACCAAGGGAACAUAUAUCGACGAUGUAGAAGGGUUGCAGGGCCCCGCACCUGCGGCUGGUGGUGCAUCGCCAGCUACGGGGUACAUGCUCUGUAUUACUGAGAACAAUGCGAAGGGCUGGGGCAAUGAUGAGCGGGUCCAAGUUGGAAUUGUCGCAGUGCAGCCGAACACGGGUGAUGUGAUCUACGACGAUUUCGAGGACGGGUUUAUGCGCAGUGAGAUCGAGACGCGGCUUUUGCAUAUUGCGCCGUGUGAGAUUUUGAUUGUGGGUGAGAUGUCGAAGGCGAGUGAGAAGCUUGUGCGGCAUUUAUCUGGGAGUAAGAUGAAUGUUUUUGGCGAUGCGGUUAGGUUGGAACGCAUGGGGAAGAAGAAGACUGCGGCUGCGGAGGCGCAUAGUCAUGUUUCGGGCUUUUAUGCUGGUAAGAUGAAUGCUACGGGUGAGGAGGAGGAUGCACUUGCGGCGAAGUUGCUUCAGAAUGUUCUCGGGUUGCCGGAGAAUGUUACGAUUUGUCUUUCUUCGAUGAUUGAGCAUAUGACCGAGUAUGGGUUGGAACAUGUGUUUGAUCUGACGAAGUACUUCCAGCCUUUCUCGGCGAGAUCGCAUAUGUUGCUGAAUGGGAAUACACUGGUUAGUCUGGAGAUUUACCAGAAUCAGAAUGAUCACUCUGCAAAGGGUAGUUUGUUCUGGACGCUGGAUCGGACGCAGACGCGGUUCGGGCAGCGACUUCUUCGAAAUUGGGUUGGACGGCCGUUGCUUGAUAGGCAGCGCUUGGAGGAGCGCACAAAUGCUGUGCAAGAGUUGAUAAAACCUGCUCGAGCGGUUCCUGUGGAGCGUGUCAAGAGGUUACUGGGUAAGAUCAAGAGUGACUUGGAGAAGAGCUUGAUUCGGAUCUACUAUGGGAAGUGUACUCGGCCAGAGCUCCUUACUGUUUUGCAAACCAUGCAGACAAUCGCAAUGGAGUUUUCAGAGAUCAAGUCACCAUCCGACACAGGCUUUGACUCGACUCUCAUUAGCGAAGCCAUUGCCUCCCUCCCUACAAUCCAGGAAGAUGUCACUCGCUUCUUGGACAAGAUAAAUAUGCAUGCUGCUCGAAGCGACGAUAAAUAUGCUUUCUUCCGAGAGGAAGAAGAGACCGAAGACAUCAGCAAUCAAAAGUGCGGCAUUGCCAGCAUCGAGCACGAUCUACAAGAACAUCUUGCCGUAGCCGAAGAGCAAAUAGGCCGCAAGAAAAUCGAAUAUGUCACAGUCGCAGGAAUCGAAUACCUAAUCGAAAUCGAAAACAACUCCCUCGCCAUUCGAAAAAUCCCAGCAUCAUGGGUCAAAGUCAGCGGCACGAAAAAGGUCUCCCGUUUCCACACGCCAGCAGUCAUCCAAAUGAUCCGUCAGCGAGACCAGCACAAAGAAGCACUCGCCGCAGCCUGUGACAAAGCCUUCAAGUCCCUCCUCGCCGACAUCGCAACCCAAUACCAAUCAUUCCGAGACUGCGUCCAGUCCCUCGCCACACUGGACUGCCUCUUCUCCCUCGCAACCAUAGCCCAACAACCAGGCUACGCCAAACCAGAAUUCACAGACGAACCCUGCCUACACAUCGAACAAGGCCGCCACCCAAUGGUCGAACGCAUCCUAACAGACGCAUACGUACCAAACGACACCAACCUCGAAAGCGAAGGCACACGCGCCCUCCUCGUGACAGGCCCCAACAUGGGCGGUAAAUCAAGCUACGUCCGCCAGGUAGCCCUAAUCGCAAUAAUGGCCCAAAUAGGCUCAUACGUACCCGCCGCCUCGGCAAAACUAGGUCUCCUAGACGCGGUAUUCACGCGUAUGGGCGCAUUUGAUAACAUGCUUGCUGGCGAAUCAACCUUUAUGGUCGAGUUAUCCGAGACAGCAGAUAUUCUCAAGCAAGCUACGCCGCGCUCGCUGGUCAUUCUCGACGAAUUAGGUCGUGGAACAUCCACGCAUGAUGGUGUCGCUAUUGCCCAGGCUGUAUUGGAUUAUAUGGUACGCUCGAUCCGCUCUUUGACGCUGUUCAUCACGCAUUAUCAGCAUCUCUCGCGGAUGGCGCAGUCGUUUCCGGAUAAGGAGUUGCGGAAUGUGCAUAUGCGGUUUACAGAGUCUGGUGUUGAGGGUGAUGAGGAGAUUACGUUUUUGUAUGAGGUUUCUGAGGGCGUGGCGCAUCGCAGUUAUGGGUUGAAUGUUGCGAGGUUAGCGAAUUUGCCGGCUUCGGUGUUGGAUGUGGCGAGGGGGAAGAGUUCGGAGCUUGAGGAGUCUAUUCGGAGGAAGAGGGUUGCUGGGUUGGUUGGGGCAGUUGGGAGAAUUGUGGAGGGGGGUGAUGGGGAUGGUGUUAAUGAUGAUUUACUUGAUCGAUUGAUGGCAAGCGUUGAGCUUGUUUAG